AUGACUACACCAUAUGAGAAUAUGCGCCUCAAAAGAAUGGAAGAGAAUAAGAAAAAGCUAGAGGCUCUCAAUCUUCAUACGCUCUCUCAAUCCCUUAACAAAUCAUCUGAGUCUUCUUCCAAACCAUCACUGUCUGUGAAGGGUCGUCUGAAGUUUGUACAACCUGGAGAGCUUGAAGUAAACAAAAAGCACCUACAAUAUGAGGAUGACGAUGUUGUGAAAGGAGAUGAGACCGAAUAUGAUGUGGCAGGAGAUGAGGCCGAAGAUGUUGUGGUAGGAGAUGAGGCUGAAGAUGUUGUGGUAGGAGAUGAGACUAAAGAUGUUGUUAAAGUGGCUAAAUCUGUGUAUUGGGAUGUAAAAGUCAUAAAUGAGGUGGGUAAUGUUUCAAACACACGUUUAUGUGUGAAAGACUUGGUUGCGAAAUCAGAGCCGGAUGGAACAUGGAUAAUACUUGACUUCGAUAAGGAUCAUUGUGCAAUAGGACAAGCUUCUGGUUUGUUAGCGGGGUAUUUGGGUGUAAUUAUUAGAAUGUUUAAAGACUUUCCCAUAAUAUUCGAGAGUUGGAAGGAUAUUCCAGCGGAUACAAAAACAAAGUUUUAUGAAUCAAAGAUAAAGUGCCAUUUUAUUGUUGAUGAUGGGCAUGACAAAGAAUUCAUAUUUUCUUCUGCCUCAAAGAAAUUGAGGGAUGCCCGAUCUCAUUUGUUUCGCCAAUAUUAUAGAUGGGAUCUCACUUUGGAGGAAAAUCUUCAAAAUUUUCCAAAACACAUAGGCAUUCUGGAAAACGAUUGGGCUGUUUUUGUUCAUUAUAGGCGGAAAGAAAAAACACAGAAAUUAGCCCAAAAAAAUGCCGAAAAUAGAGCAAACUUGAAGGCUCCGCAUACACUCGGAUCUAAGUCGCUUGCAAGGAAGAAACAUGAGUUGGAAUUGAGAGAUGGACGAACAUACAGUAGAGGAGAAAUGUAUGCAAUUUCUCAUAAAAAGUUUGAUGGGUCUUUUGUCAAUGAAGAUGCAUACAACAAUAAUGAAAAAUUACAAGCUGCAAUUAAGGAUUCUGUAUCUGAAAAUGAGGCAUUUCAGAAAGUAUUUGGAAAAUAA